CCUUUAAAAGGGGCAGAGCCUGGAGUGGGCUGGCGGCCUCAGUCCUGGAGAUAAGAGUGUCCCGUCCGGGAGAGCAGGUGGAGCUUUCCCAGCCAGCGCAGGCGAGCGCCCUGUCCGGAGUCACCUCCGCCCUGAUGUCUGCAGAGGCAGCUGCAUCCAUGUGUGACGUGGAGUUUGGUGGUGUCAAGGUGAAGGACCCCAACAAUGGGGGCAGGUGGCGCGGGUCCUGGUACGAGCGGUUCGUGCAGCCCUGCCUGGUCGAACUGCUGGGCUCUGCCCUCUUCAUCUUCAUCGGAUGCUUGUCAGUUAUCGAGAAUGGGACGGACACUGGGCUGCUGCAGCCGGCGCUGGCCCACGGGCUGGCCCUGGGCCUGGUCAUCGCCACCCUGGGGAGUAUCAGUGGUGGACACUUCAACCCUGCGGUGUCCCUGGCAGCCAUGCUGGUCGGAGGCCUCAACCUGGUGAUGCUCCUUCCCUACUGGAUCUCCCAGCUGUGCGGGGGACUGAUCGGGGCUGCCUUGGCCAAGGCUGUGAGCCCCGAGGAGAGGUUCUGGAAUGCGUCUGGGGCGGCCUUUGUGACAGUCCAGGAGCAGGGGCAGGUGGCGGGGGCAGUGGUGGCGGAGAUCAUCCUGACGACACUGCUGGCCCUGGCCGUGUGCAUGGGCGCCAUCAAUGAGAAGACACAGGGUCCUCUGGCCCCGUUCUCCAUCGGCUUCUCUGUCACCGUGGACAUCCUGGCAGGGGGUGCUGUGUCUGGAGCCUGCAUGAACCCUGCCCGUGCCUUUGGACCUGCUGUGGUGGCCAACCACUGGGACUUCCACUGGAUCUACUGGCUGGGCCCGCUCCUGGCCGGCUUACUCGUAGGAGCGCUCAUCAGGUUCCUCAUUGGAGAUGGGAAAACUCGCCUAAUCCUGAAGGGACGGUGAGGCUGAGAUGGAGGGAUUCCUGCUGCCCUCGGGGCCCUCGGUGCCCUCGGUGGACCCGUCCUGGACUGCAGACAAGACAGCUCUGCGUUCCUUGCCUGGCCAGAGCCCCUGAGGAGCGACCGCUGGGCUUCCCCUGACUUGGGCCUGGCUUCUCAGAUGUGCUAAGGCCUUCAAAUUCCUUUAUGCUCUUAAGAGACCUCAGCCUGGGGAAUGUGUGGCCAGCACGGCCCAGAGGGAGGCAGAAAGAGCACAACAGAAGAGCUUUUCUUGAUGCGGAAGGUCCCAGGAGCAGAAGAACGGUUGGAAGAGGUGGUUGUUUAUGUACCUCAGCUCGUUUCCCUCAGCCCUUCCCUUCUUCGUUCCCUGAUUCCUCUGCCCUGUUUCCCGGCUUCCUGAGCUGUCAAUCUAGCUUUGCAAUAAAUGGUUCAGUGUUUCC